UUCGGCUAUAAGAAGAUAAUUGACGAUAGAACGAAGCAGUUAGGUUCCAAACCAGCACCGAGGAAGGAACACCAAAGAUAUUCUUCUUAGUAAAUAUACUAAAAAUACUUGUGAAAACAUUUCUACGGAAAUCUACGUUCUACAUUUUACGUGAAGGAUAACAUGUCUAUCAACUUGAGAAGCGUUCUUAUAAGUGACCCUGUGGACGAGUCCUGUAGCUCUCUGCUUUCUGAAUAUGGAAUUCCUGUAACUACGAAAUACAAACUUUCAAAAGAUGAACUUAUUAAGGAACUACAGAACCACGAUGCUCUAAUCGUACGCUCGGAGACGAAGGUCACAGCUGAUGUAAUAUCCGCCAGUUCGAAUCUUCGUGUAAUAGGUCGUGCUGGAACUGGAGUGGAUAACAUUGAUCUUCAAGCAGCAACACGCAAGGGAAUCCUUGUAUUAAAUACACCUGGUGGUAACAGUAUAAGUGCUUGUGAGUUAACAUGUGCAAUGAUAUCUGCAUUAGCACGUAACGUGGUUCAAGCGGCUCAAUCGUUAAAAGAAGGAAGAUGGGAUAGAAAAUUAUAUUCUGGUUUUGAAUUAUUUGGUAAAACACUAGGAGUCUUAGGUAUGGGCAGAAUUGGCCGAGAAGUAGCGAUAAGAAUGAAAUCUUUUGGAAUGAACAUCGUUGCUUUUGAUCCAUUACUAAAGAAUGAAGAUGCUGAAUCUCUUGGAAUUAAAAAAGUUAGCUUGGAGGAAGCAUGGAAACUGGCUGACUAUAUCACUGUCCAUACGCCAUUAAUCCCACAAACAAGAAAUUUGAUAAACGCUACGACCUUGGGAAAAUGUAAGAAAGGUGUGAAUGUUAUAAACGUAGCUCGAGGUGGUAUAGUUGAUGAAGAAGCACUUCUAAAUGCAUUGAAAACUGGUCAAUGUGGUGGUGCAGCUUUGGACGUAUUUACGGAAGAACCACCAAAGAAUUCUGUUAUCAUUGAGCUCAUUCAACAUCCUAAAGUUAUUGCUACUCCACAUCUUGGAGCUAGCACAGCCGAAGCUCAACAACGUGUCGCCGUUGAAAUAGCUCAACAAUUUUUAGCUUUAUCCGGAAAGACAAUGGAGUAUUCCGUAAGUGGUAUCGUCAAUGCUCCUCUUUUAGCUGCCGCGAUGACGGAAGAUAACGCACCUUGGAUAGAAUUAUCGAAGAAACUCGGUCAAUUAGCUGCAAGACUCGUUCAAGGAAAAUUGAAUACAACUGUACAAAGCCAAACUGUUGGCCCAGAUAUGGAGGAUAAAAAAUUCAUACAUACGUCUGUAUUAGUUGGAAUACUUACGGGGCAAACGAGAAAUGGUUUAAAUUUGAUCAAUGCACCAAUGUUGGCUGAAGAUAUUGGUGUUGAUUUAAAAGAUAGUCAUAUGCCAUGUGAUCACAGGGCGGUAUUGGUUACCGUUGGACGACAUCAAGUAAAAGGAACAAUUCGUGAUAAUCAGCCAUUAUUACUCUCAGUUGACGAUGCUCUCUUCCCUAAUGACAUAACACUGACGAAUCAUAUUUCUCUGUACCGUGCAAACAGCGUACAAAGUGUAGCUGAUAUUGUUAAUGUCUUUUCAUCAAAGGGUAUUAAUAUAAGUGGUUUAAAUGCCAAUGGCAACUGGAUAGUCAUACAAACUGAUCGAGAAGUCUCUAUUCCUGUUGAUGGUAUCGAAAGUUAUUAAAAUGGAUUAUGUAUUUAUUGGAGGCAAUGACCAUCAGCUAUACACCCAUUGAAUGAUUAAAAAGUAUGAGAUUGUUAUUUUUGUUCAAUCAUCUCAGUAUUUUAGAAAUUUCUUAUCUAAAAAGAAAAUAAUGAAAUUAAAAAAAAAAAGAUAUAAUAUUAUAUUUGAAUCAAUGUCAAACAAAGUUUGUGUAGUUUAUCGUGUGGAAAAUUUAGAAAAGUUCGAAAUUUGUACAUACACAUGUUAAAAACAAAAUGUAAUCAACGAGAUCGCUCAUUGCCACUUUUUUCUUUAUAUUUCAUUCAACCAAAUUAUUCUAGAGUCUAACUUUCUAAGAUUCUAUUCAUUUUCACACGUCAAAUAAUUAUUUAUUGUUCGAUUAUUGAAAAAUGUGAGAUCUUGCUUUAUGAUUAUAAAACAUUUAAAUAAAUUUAUAUACUUUUCUAUAAUAACAAUAUCUUAUCAUAAAACAUUCGUUUUUACUAUAUUCUUAAAAAAGCCUAAAGUAUAUUGUCUUAUAAUAAUCAUCCCCAUUAUCCUAAAAUUUUCACGAUACUUUACAAAAUGAAGCAAAAUAAAUAAAAAUUUAUUUUUGGUAUCUUAUUAUUACUCUUUAUUCUUCUUACAUUGUCUUUUGCUUAAAGAAACUUAAUUGAGAUUUAUGUUUGUAUCUUAAUGUUAUAAUAUAUACUAGCAUUUAUACGUUAAAUCCAUAACAAAUAUCACAUUCUCUCAUUUAUAGUAUGUACACGAUAAUAUAUGUAGGCAAAAAUAAUAAAAUAUAUGUGUCUAUAUAUAUGUGUGCAUAUAUAUAUAUAUAUAGGUAUAAACAUAUAUAUAUAUGCGUGUGUGCGUGUGUGUGUGUGUAUGUUGUGUAUGAUUAUAGAUGCAUGUAUAUAUGCUUGUAUACUGUAAAAAAUAUGUAAAAUAAUUAAUGUUCACAAAAUAGUAAAAUUUUCAGAUUAUAAAUUACAUUAGUAACAAGCAACUGUAUAUGCUAUAUUAAAUAACUUUUAUCUCCAUUAUCAAAUGUCAUAGCACAGAUAUGUCACAAUUUAAAAAUCUAGAGAAAGAUUUAACAUUUUGGUUAUUUAUAAACACACUAUUUAAAGAUGUAUAAAGUAGGGCCAAGUUUGUACACAUUAGAUAUAGUAUAAAAAAAUAAUAUAAAUAGAAUUGCCUUAGAGAUUUAUAUUCUUUCGUAACUAUCUGCUCUACAGCAGUUAAAUGUGAAAGUAAUGCCAUCCUACAAGAAGAUAAUAAAAAUUGGAUUUUAUUGCAAA